AUGGGAGCAGUGCAUCGGAGCCAGCAGGACUACGUCAGCAGCCUCUCCAACAUGGAGGAGGACACGCCUGAGUACAAUGCUGCGCUGCAGGAGUGCCACAAACGGGGCGCAGAGCGCUGUGUGAAGGUAGCCAACCAACAUCGCGGGCUGUACGUCAAGGCAGCGCAGUUCAUCGCCUCCAUUCGGGGUGGAACGGGGGAGCGCGGUGUACCAAAGCCGUACACUGAUGCGCUGGCUGUGUUUACCGACCACGCCCCGCACAAGCGCAUCGACGAAGUUGCAGAAGUUCUGAGGGAGUGCAUGAGCUUGGGCAACUGGCCUGUGACGCCUCUGACUCAGGAUUGCGACCUGAGGUGUAUCGAGGAGAUCCCGAUUGCAUCGGCAAGCUUGGCACAGGUGCACCGAGCUGAGCUCAAAGAUGGCACCAGGGUUGCGGUGAAAAUCCAGUACCCUGAGCUUCGGAAGGAAAUGGCCUCCGACUUUGCAGUUUUCAAGACCAUGGGCACGCAGAUCAAGCAGAUGGCUGCCGGAUACGACCUCAUGUGGGUGGUGGAGGAUUUCGAAAAGAACCUUUCGCGGGAGCUGGACUUUACCUUGGAGGCUGCCAGCGGCGAGGAGACAGCGCGGCAGCUUGCCCACCGGUACCCGAGAGUCUACGUGCCCAAGGUCUUCAAAGAGUUCUCUUCGUCGCGGAUCAUAGUCAUGGAGUAUCUCGAAGGCUUGCUGAAGGCCAACGAUCCGGAAGGCCUGCGGCGUGCAGGUCUGGAUGUCGAUGAGUGUGCCCAGCUCAUUUGCGACACCUUCGCAGAGAUGAUCUUCGUGCACGGACGCGUGUUCAACAAGCACCACUUUCGUUGUGACGCCUACUUCCUGCAAUUGGACACCGGUGACGUGAUCCCACAACUUGGCUUCGUGCCGAGAGCCUGGCGCGCGGCUGGGCCUCCGGCAAGGCGCGUGGCGCGGCCGGCGAACCUGGAAGAUGCCAUCGCCGAGGCAAAGGCGGCAGAGGAGGCUGAUGCCAAGCAGUGGCCGCCGAAGGACUGGCUGCGGAUUUCCACCACAGUGGCCUCAGAGGAGGGCAAGCAGAAAGUGGUGCGUGCGAUUCUGGCAAUCUCGGAAGGCCUGCGGUUGGAGGAGUUCCGAGUGCGAUGGCUGCGCCGCAGCUCUGGCGAAGACGCCUCGCGAUUGGCACUCUGGGUUCCACCCAGGUCUCUGGUGCUUGUGUCCUCAAUGAUGGGAGAAGCUUUGGUCGAGGAGAUACCGAUGAUCUUGGUGGAGGGCCUCGAUGUUGAUGGCGAUGCGGAGUUCUUCCGCGGUGCGCUGUCAGGGGCGACUGUCGAGGAGCUCACCCGCGUGGCAGAGGAUCUGCUGGCCGCGCAGCUCUGUGCUGCUGUGGAGGUGGAAGAGGAUUCAGCCUCAGCGGUGCUCCACACGACGGCCGCCGGUCGUAGUGGUGUGGAGGCUUGGCUGAAAGAGAACGGCAGCGACCUCUCCAUUGACUGGACCGCCUGA